UUCAUCUGCUGUUUGCAUAUAAUAACUCAGGAGGCUACAUCUCCAAGCUCAGGCUACGGCUAGCACUGUUCACCACUGCCCACCAGGUGGCUCCCGACACUCACUGAAGCAGAGUUUAAUUACCACCAACGUUUCGGCGAGGCAAACAGAUCUCCACAGACAAAGGACUCUCCACAUACAAACACAUCUCAAAACAAAGAGGAAUCUUCACAGACAGACAAAUCACCACUAACAGAUUUGAUUGAGAAUACAGAAGACAUGAUGAGUAAAGCUCGUGGCUCCGCAGAGAACAUCAUUCCUGACCAAAUGACUGAAGAUUCUACAGCUGAUGAUGAAGCAAAGGCAAACAGAUCUCCACAGACAAAGGACUCUCCACAUACAAACACAUCUCAAAACAAAGAGGAAUCUCCACAGACAGACAAAUCACCACAAAGAGAGGAAUCUCCUCAAACCGGCGAAUCUAAUCAAACAGACAAAUUUAAUCAAACAGGCGAAUCUAAUCAAACAGGCAAAUCUCCUCAAACAGGCGAAUCUAAUCAAACAGGUGAAUCUCCUCAAGCAGGUAAAUCAUCACCAAUACAGGAAUCUCCAGAGACAGACAAAUCACCACAAACAGGCGAAUCUCCACAGACAGAAAAAUCACCACGAUCAGACGAAUCUCCUCAAACAGGCGAAUCUCCAAAGAAAGACAAAUCACCACAUUCAGACGAAUCUCCUCAAACAAGCGAAUCUCCUAAAACAGGCGAAUCUCCACAAACAGACACAUCUCCACAGACAGACCAAUCAGCACAAUCAGACGAAUCUCCUCAAACAGGCAAAUCUCCAAAGACAGAAGAAUCCCCACAAUCAGACGAAUCUCAUCUAACAGGCAAAUCUCCAAAGACAGAAGAAUCACCACAAUCAGACAAAUCUCCUCAAACAGGUGAAUCUCCACGGACAGACGAAUCACCACAAUCAGACGAAUCUCCUCAAACAGGCGAAUCUCCAAAGACAGAAGAAUCACCACAAUCAGACAAAUCUCCUCAAACAGGUGAAUCUCCACGGACAGACGAAUCACCACAAUCAGACGAAUCUCCUCAAACAGGUGAAUCUCCAAAGACAGAAGAAUCACCACAAUCAGACAAAUCUCCUCAAACAGGUGAAUCUCCACGGACAGACGAAUCACCACAAGCAGAUGAAUCUCCUCAAACAGGCGAAUCUCCAAAGACAGAAGAAUCACCACAAUCAGACAAAUCUCCUCAAACAGGUGAAUCUCCACGGACAGACGAAUCACCACAAUCAGACGAAUCUCCUCAAACAGGAGAAUCUCCAAAGACAGAAGAAUCACCACAAUCAGACAAAUCUCCUCAAACAGGUGAAUCUCCACGGACAGACGAAUCACCGCAAUCAGACGAAUCUCAUCAAACAGGAGAAUCUCCAAAGACAGAAGAAUCACCACAAUCAGACAAAUCUCCUCAAACAGGUGAAUAUCCACGGACAGACGAAUCACCACAAUCAGACAAUUCUCCUCAAACAGGCGAAUCUCCUCAAACAGUGGAAUCUCCAGGGACAGGCGAAUCUCCUCAAACAGGUGAAUCUCCACAGAAAGAGGAAUCUCCACAGACAGACAAAUCACUACAAACAGAUUUGAUUGAAAAUACAAAAGACAUGAUACCUAAAGCUCAUGGCUCCACAGAGAACAUCAUUCCUGACCAAAUGACUGAAGAUUCUAAAGCUGAUGAUGAAGCGAAGGACAGUAGAACAGCAGGAGUCAAAACAGAUCAACACUCAGAACAAAAGGAAAAAAUAUUUAAAAGACUUAAUAUUCAAGUCAACAGCAACAAUAAACUUAGAGCUGCAGAUGUUCUUCAGAUAACUGCACAUUCAUUACAGUCUCAUGAGUCUUGUGCUGAAGAAGAGCUGGUUAAGACUUUCCUACAGAAACUACUGAUGUUAAACUACAGAGCAAGAUACAUUAAAACUAAAGAGACCAAUGAACAGCAUCAUAUACAACAAAGAGACAAUGACUUAUCUGAAGAUGAGGGGGAUUUGUUUGAUGAAACGUCUUCGUCUGAUGAAGUAAUGAAUACACCAGACAGCAUUCACCUGAUGGAUGUUCAGAUGGCUGUGUUUCAUUGUGCUGAUAGUUUCCUAAAGCAGCUAAUGGUCACAAAACUCUCACAGUGUCAGUUUGCACUUCCUCUACUUGUUCCUGAUCCAUUCACACAACAGAUUCAGUUUCCACUCUGGACAUUCAGACAAAUCAACAAGAGCUGGAAGAUAAAAAAUACUAACAAUGAGAUUAUCAGUAAAGUCCAGCCAGUGUACAGAGCAGACACUCCUAUGGUGUCAUUCUUCAGGUUUGGUUCUGUGUCUUCAUCAAAGUCUCAGCUGAUGAACAGUCUGAUCAAUGAGAAACACACCACGUUCUUCCACAGGAACUGUCCUGGCAGCAGCAAAACCAGAGUACUGAUGGAUGGAGUGGUGGAGAUCGCCUGGUACUGCCCAUCUGCAAAAGACACAGAUAAAUUCACUGACUGUGUUGCCUUCUGCAAUCUUCAUGGUGAUGCAGGAGCCAAUGAGAAACAACUGCAGAUUCUGACUGAUAUGUCUUCCGUCAAUGUUGUUCUUCUGUCACAGCUUAACAAUAAUGACAAAAACAAAACAAAAAUUCAAGCCUUGUACAGUGACAAGAAGCCACUCAUCUGUCUUUUUACUGAGAAGGACUCUGCUUUAUGUAAAAAGAAGAAAGGAAAAUACACAAUUGGUCUGAAAGACAGAAAUCAGUCAGAUGUAUCUGAAGAAGUCAGAAUUGCUAUAAAUGAUUGUCUCUCAUCUUCAGCAUCAGCUUACAUGUUCAGACUUGAGGAUGUGUCAAAACACUCAGAUAUUAGAGUAGAUGAGGAAGAUGAUAAAGAGUGCAAAAGAGGAAGAGAAGCAGCACGUGAGAUGGUAAGUUUACUGAAAAAUAAAAAUCUGACAGAAAUCAAAGAAUCAUUUCUGCCCUGUCAGGGUAAACUGUGGCAUCUAUGGUGUCAGAAAAACAAAGAAAUUAAUCGACCACAAGGAAAUGAGACAGAACAAGAAAUAAGUACAAAACAAACAGAAAUGAAUAAAAUUCGUAAAAAGCAAAAUAAAUCCCCCAUGAGUGAGUUUAUAAAGUUCUUUAUUAAUGAAAUAAACUCACAUGGUGCCAAUAAGAUGUUUUUCCUCACAUGGCUCAGAAUCCUCCUGGAUGAAUUUACUACAGCUGAUCUUUCUGCACUACAUAACAAGUAUGAUGAAAAAUGGUCAAAAGUCUUAAAACUGAAAGGGAACAACGAUCAAUUUGAGAAAGAUGCACAAACGGAACUUGAGACAAUAUCUGAAGAACUUCAAGCCGCAACUUUUGGAGUGGAGCACAUCAUGAGAGAGAUCGGUCAGAUCUAUGAAUCAUGUUCAUCUGUGAAGAAAAACAAGACAGACCUGCAGUUUGACUUUUCUUCUCUCCCGAGUCUUGCAGCAGAGAUGAUGAUAUCUGGGUUUCCACUAGAGCUGAUGGAUGGAGAUGCUGCUCAUGUUCCUCUGAUCUGGGUUACUGCUGUUUUUGAUCAGCUCAUCCAGAAACUGGGAGACCAGAGAGUCUUUGUGCUUUCAGUUUUAGGGAUUCAGAGCUCUGGGAAAUCUACCAUGCUGAAUGUCAUGUUUGGACUUCAGUUUGCAGUCAGUGCUGGCCGGUGCACAAGAGGAGCUUUCAUGCAACUGCUCAGAGUGUCAGAGGAGAUGAAACGACAGCUGCAGUUUGAUUAUAUUCUGGUUGUUGAUACUGAGGGUCUUCGUGCUCUAGAACUGGCUGGAAGAUCGACAAGACAUCAUGACAAUGAACUGGCCACAUUUGUUGUUGGCCUUGGUAAUCUGACAUUGAUCAACAUCUUUGGAGAAAACCCCUCUGAGAUGCAAGAUAUUCUUCAGAUUGUCGUUCAGGCCUUUCUGAGGAUGAAGCGGGUCAACCUGAAACCCAGCUGCAUGUUUGUGCAUCAAAAUGUUUCAGACAUCACAGCUGGAGAGAAAAACAUGGAGGGACGGAGACGACUGCAGAGGACACUGGAUGAGAUGACAAAACUCGCUGCUAAAGAAGAAGUCUGUGAUGAAGAACUUUUCAGUGAUGUCAUUGCAUUUGAUGUAAGUAAUGAUGUGAAGUAUUUUGCUCAGCUGUGGGAGGGAAGCCCGCCCAUGGCACCACCAAACCCAAACUACUGUGAGAAUAUUCAAGAACUGAAAGAAACUAUCAUUGAUCAAGCCUCAAAAUCAAAGGGAAUGAUGCUGACACAUUUACGUGAGCGAAUUAAAGACCUUUGGAAGGCUUUACUGAAUGAACGAUUUGUUUUCAGUUUCAGAAAUUCUCUAGAGAUUUCAGUAUACAGGAGACUGGAGACAGAAUACAGCAAGUGGACCUGGAGUCUUCGCAGUACAAUGAUGGAAAUUGAGAACAGACUACAAAACAAAAUAGAAAAUGAAACAGUUGACAAGAUUGAAGAAACAAAACUUCAAAGAGAACUGAAGGCGAAAAUUGAAGAGGUGGAAAAAUCAAUGUCAGAAUUCUUUGAGAAAGACACAGAGGCUGAUAUACUGAUUCAGUGGAAAUCUUCAUUUGAAAUAAAAAUCACAAGGCUUCAGGAGAACAUUGUAAAUGAAACAAAGAGGAAAUUAAAUGUCAUUAUUGAGCAGAGACACCUGAAGAGAAAGAUUGAUGAUCAGAAGACACAACAUGAAAACACUCUCUUAGAAAAGAGCAAAGAACUUGCUUUGACACUCAAAGAUGAAGCAAAUGAUGAAGACACUUUGAAAAGAGAGUUUGAUUUGUUCUGGAAAGAGUGGGUUGAGAAGAUGGAAAUAAAAAACUCAUCAACCACAGAUAUUGACAUACUGAGGGAUGUGAAAGAUCUUAUAAGUGACAUCAAUGAAAGUGCUCCUGUACACACCUGGAAGGACAUCAGUGAUAUUUUCACUUUGCAGAGUUAUUCAGAUUAUGUACAUUUAAAGAAAUCCAGUGGAAUUACAGGACCUGUUAGAAAUGUCUACAAAGCAGCUAAAGAGAAGUUUGGUUACAGUCUAUCUAAAGAGGAUGAGGCCAAUAUAAGAACCUUGAUCACAGAUGUUUCCCAUCAGACAGACAAGAAGAUCUUGUCAUUCAACAUUUCAAAGCUGGGCUACAACAACAGCUGCAUUCAACACCUCACAGAUUACAUCAAGGCAAGAAUAACAGAUUAUGAAGAGUCUGUAAAAUAUGUUUUUAAGAAUGAGUUCUUUGUGGAUUUGGUAUUUUCUAUAUUUAAGAGAGUAAACAAGACAUUCACUGAUGAACACAGAUUGUUCAAAGAAACCAAUGAUCCUCUUCUCUAUUUGGAGAAGAAAAGAGGAGAAUACUAUAGUAUUUUCCAGAAGUACUGUCAAGGAGCAACAUCAGCUGCUGUUUUUGGUGAGAUCCUCUGUCAGAAACUGAAAGAACCCAUUGAACAGAGUGUCUACAACCGUACUGCCAGAGAUUUAGCAGAUGAAAUGAGAUCAAACUGUCCAUCACUGAAUGGAAACAGAUCAAAUCUGGAAAACCACAUCCUAAAGAAUCUGGCAGAAGAGGAGAACUUUGACAAAUACAUAAACUACAUUCUUAAUCCCAUAGAUCACUUCGAGAGUUUCAUCAGAGAUGAAGUCCAUCAGUACAUCAGAGAUAAGUUCAGUGUCAAUGUUCAGCCCAAAAUGAAGCAAAACAUUGAAUUCCUGGAGAGGAAGAUAUUGUCAGCAGCAAAUGAAUCUACUAAACAUGUUCAAAUGAACAAUGGAGAUGUUGAUUUAUGGUUGAAGUUUUUCACACAGAAACUCUCAGGUGAUCUGAUAUUCUCUGUAAAUUACUUAAGUGGAAUAAAACAUGACGAUGUUAAUGAUUUCAAACUCCUUGAAGAUUUGAUAAGAAAAGAACUUCCAUCUAUAAUGUCUAACAUCAACAGAGAGUUCAGCACAGAUACAUUUAGGCUUAAACUGGAUCUUAACAACAGACCUGAUGAGAAUCUGAUUAAUCACUUUUGUCAGUGCUGUUGGAGUCAGUGUCCGUUCUGUGCAGCCAUCUGCACCAACACAAUUAAAAACCAUGAUGGCGAUCACAGUGUUCCCUUCCAUAGAGUGGAUGGACUCAGAGGAUGGCGUUACAGUGGAACAGAGGAUCUCUGUGUUCAUUUUUGCACAACUCUCGUUACAUUAUGUGGUACAAGUUUCUCUGCAGCAGGGAAGUGGUUUCCAUGCACAGAUUAUACAAAAGCAGGAGGAGAUUAUGCAAAGUGGAGGAUCACUCCUGACGCCUCUGAUCUGCCCUACUGGAAGUGGUUUAUUUGCAGAUUCCAGGAAGAGAUUGAAACUCAUUAUAAAGCAAAAUUCCAGGGGGCUGGAAAGAUUCCAGAUGAAUGGAGAGAUUACACCAAACAGCAUGCUAUUGAUAGUUUGAAUAAUGCCUAUAAAUAAACAAAUUCAUAAUUGCGCAUAUAAAGCCUUAAAGUCACAAAGUGGACUUUUUGUUUUUAAAUCAUGCUUUGUGCAAAUAUCUGCUGUAUUUUAAAUCAUUUUUAUCUUUUUUUCUUUUAGGUUUCUCUUUUAUCUUAAUCUUGGUCAUUAUUAAAACAAAUAUUAGCAAAUGAUAAUGUAAUUCUGCAGAUUAGUUUGAAAUACAGAAACUCUCAGAUGAUCUGAUAUUCUCUGACUGUGAAGGACUUCAGUGGAAUGAAACAUGAUGAUGUUAAUGAUUUCAAACUCCUAGAAGAUGUGAUAAGAAAAGAACUUCCAUCUAUAAUGUCUGACAUCAACAGAGAGAUCAGCAAAGAUACAUUUAGUGUUAAACUGGAUCUCAACAACAGACCUGAUGAGAUUCUGAUUAAACACUUUUGUCAGUGCUGUUGGAGUCAGUGUCCAUUCUGUGCACCCAUCUGCACCAACACAAUUGAAAACCAUGCUGGUGAUCACAGUGUUCCCUUCAAUAGAGUGGAUGGACUCAGAGGAUGGCAUUACCGUGGAACAGAGGAUCUCUGUGUUCAUUUUUGCACAACUCUCGUUACAUUAUGUGGUACAAGUUUCUCUGCUUCAGUUCAGCAAUUUCCAUGCACAGAUUAUAGAAAAUCAGGAGGAGAUUAUGCAAAGUGGAGCAUCACUCCUGACCUCUCUGAGCUGCCCUACUGGAAGUGGUGUAUUUGCAGAUUCCAGAAAAAAACUUAUUAUUUAGCAAAAUUCCAGGGAGCUGGAAAGAUUCCAAAUGAAUGGAGAAAAUACGCCAAUCUAUUGAUAGUUUGAAUAAUGCCUAUAAAUGAACAAAUUCGUAAUUGCGCAGAUAAAGCCUUAAAGUCACAAAGUGGACUUUUUUGUUUUUAAAUCAUGUUUUGUGCAAAUAUCUGCUGUAUUUUAAAUCAUUUUUAUCGUUUUUCUGUUAGGUUUAUCUUUUAUCUUAAUCUUGGUCAUUAUUAAAACAAAUAUUAGCAAAUGAUAGUGUAAUUCUGCAGAUUAGUUUGAAAUCUAGUUAUUUUUCUUCAGAAUCAUUUCCAGCUGGUUUGUGCUUUAAAAGUGGGUGUGGAUGCAUAACAAUUGUUGCAAACACAUCAAUGCAGGUUUAAUAUUGUAAGAACAUAAUUAUGUGUGCUUUUAAUGUGUUGUCUAUUAUCUGCAAGAUUGAACUUUCAGCUUGAAUUUAAUAAAUUUGUCAUAAAGCAAAUAAUUGCAUUUUUAACUGAUUCUGUUUUUCAAUUAAUUGUACUAAAUUACCAGCCAUGCUGUUGAUCUGUCAGCAAAGUGUUUCCUGUAAAACAGUGUUUGAUUACAAAACAUUUGAUUUAUUGAAACCAUUUGUUUAGAA